CGUAGGCAGGCUGGGAAGGAGCGCGCGCUGGACCGCGCCUCUCCGGCUCUCGCGCUGUGAGCAUCCCACAGAUCAGACCACGAUGGAACCGGAGACAAGAGAGGAACCGGAGGCGCGAGACGAACCGGAGGCUGGAGAUGAGCAAAGCUGCACCGUGUAUGGCCUCUACGACCAGGAUUUAACGCACAAGACGAUCCUGGUGGGAGACAGUGGUGUGGGGAAAACCUCCCUGCUGGUGCAGUUUGAUCAGGGAAAGUUCAUCCCAGGCUCUUUCUCCGCCACUGUGGGCAUUGGCUUUACGAAUAAAGUCGUCACUGUCGGAGAGGUGAAAGUUAAAUUACAGAUUUGGGACACAGCAGGACAGGAGAGAUUUCGCAGCGUCACUCAUGCCUACUACAGAGAUGCUCACGCUCUCCUCUUGCUGUAUGACAUCACCAACAAGUCAUCAUUUGACAACAUCAGAGCAUGGCUUACAGAGAUCCAUGAGUAUGCACAGAGUGAUGCAGUCAUCAUGCUGCUAGGCAACAAGGCUGAUAUGAGCAGUGGAAGAGUCAUCAAACGGGAGGAUGGAGAGAGACUGGCCAGGGAGUAUGGUGUCAUAUUUAUGGAGACAAGUGCUAAAACUGGUGUCAAUGUAGAUUUGGCCUUCAUGACUGCAGCAAAGGAGUUGAUUGGCCGGUGUCUCGAACUGCCCAAAGAGCCGAAGUUCCAAAUCAAUGAUAUCAUCGAGCAGAAACCACAGAAAUCAGGCUGCUGUGGCUUCACAUAGGACCUUUACGAGACACAAUAAUGGAUGAGAGAAGAUAUAGGAAUGAGAUGCAAUGAGAAAGAAUAAGGAGAAUGAUCAGAGAUGUUUCAGGCCAAAUGCAGUGCUUAAACCUUAAGUGAAGCCCAUGACGUAAAUCAUACUUUGAAGGAAUGUGAUUGUCCUGAGCAGAUCUAAACUACUCCAGUCCUAGAGAGCAGGUCCAGUUUGGUCAUUUUGCCUCUCUGGAACACUACUAUGCAGUAGUUUGCUAUGCUUCCCCAAAACGUUGUAGCAGAAAGUUCAUGGUUAAAUUUAGUGGAUGUGAUGAUAAACUAUGAUGAUGUCAUGGGGAAAAUAUUAUUCCCAGCUUCACUUUUAUUGCAUCCCUUUUAAAAUAUAUUUUCGCAGUUUCCUGAACCACAUGAUAAUAAUGCAGUAGUGGUACACGGCACUUACUAGUUAUAUUCCACUGAGAGACUUUAACCCAUGAGGUAUAGCUCAGGAAAUUUGUUGUAGGAUUUUUUUUCCCCAGGAAAUGUCUGCCAGGAGAUUUAUCCCAAAGACUUCCAAAAAAUUUUAGCCUAAGAACUUUAAUCAAGGAAAUAAGGAAGGUUUAAAUCAGGAACUUAAUCCUAGGAAAUGUAUAUAAUAGGAACUUUAACCCAAGAACUUUAACACAUCAACUUUAGCCCAGAAAAUGUAUCACAGGACCUUCGGCUCAAAAACUUUUAGCCUAGGAACUUUAGAGAAGGAACUUCAGCCCAGAAACUUUAGAGAAAAAAAUAGGCAGAAACUUUAGAGCAGGAUUUUUAGUGCAGGGAGUUUAGACCAGGAAAUUUAGAGCGGAAACUGUAGUCCAUAAAUGUUAGUCCAGAAAAUCUGGCCCUGACGUGGUGAAAGGAACAGUUCCUGGUACAUUUCUAUUAUAGUGCCUCUGUUGCUAAUAUCAAAACCACAAUCACAGAAGCAAUCUGUUAUAUUUAGGAAAUGAUACUGAAAACUGUAAUAUAGACUUACACCUCAAAUCUAACACUGCUAAUCAGGCUUUAGAGUAAGUAUUUUUAAGCUGAUUUUGAUGCUACAAAGUUUUCGGGAAACUAGGCUUAAUGUUAUGGCCCUCCAGGACUGGACACUAAAGCUUUGUGGUCAGAACUCUAAGCUAAUAGGAAUUUUAGUUAUUUAAGUGUAAUGACACACUCCUUGUGUAUGCAAGCCCAGUUCACUGUGCCUCUGCACAUCCUGUGUGAAACCACCAGAGGGAGCAACAGUACAAGCUGUUUGAGAAAGUGUACGGAAUGGAAACCAUGGACAGUCAGGUGCAAGCUGAGUCCACUACCAACAGCUGAAUUUAUUUCACCAUGAAUGAGAAACUAAAAACAGUUGUGUUAUAUGAGGUGAAUCUUGUCUGAGAAAUAUAUAUAUUUUUUAAAAGAGUGUUGUUACUGACUGAAAUCAUUAAGGACAGUAAUGUAUGACACACGGAGGACUGUACUAAUUGAGUUAAUAUCAGGUGUUACUCUGUAUUUACUUUGAAAGUAUUUUUGAAAGUAUUAAAAUAGCUGAUGUAGAAUAAUUAUGUAGAAUAAAUUAUUUUGUAUUUUAAGGCCCCCAAAACUACUAAAUAGAAGGCGUGGCCUCUUUGCCUGUCAGUAUCAGUGUAGAAGGUGUGGCCUAUUUGCCUGUCAGUGUCAGUGUAGAAGGUGUGGCCUCUUUGCCUGUCAGUAUCAGUGUAGAAGGCGUGGCCUCUUUGCCUGUCAGUGUCAGUGUAGAAGGCGUGGCCUCUUUGCUUGUCAGUGUCAGUGUAGAAGGUGUGGCCUCUUUGCCUGUCAGUGUCAGUGUAGAAGGCGUGGCCUCUUUGCCUGUCAGUAUCAGUGUAGAAGGCGUGGCCUAUUUGCCUGUCAGUAUCAGUGUAGAAGGUUUGGCCUAUUUGCCUGUCAGUGUCAGUGUAGAAGGCGUGGCCUCUUUGCCUGUCGGUGUCAGUGUAGAAGGUUUGGCCUGUUUGCCUGUCAGUGUCAGUGUAGAAGGUGUGGCCUAUUUGCCUGUCAGUAUCAGUGUAGAAGGUGUGGCCUAUUUGCCUGUCAGUGUCAGUGUAGAAGGCGAGGCCUCUUUGCUUGUCAGUAUCAGUGUAGAAGGUGUGGCCUAUUUGCUUGUCAGUAUAGAAGGCGUGGCUUCUUUGCCUGUCAGUGUCAAUUAAGGAGGCGUGGCCACUUUGCUUGUCAGUGUAGUUGGAUAGCCCCUUUUUUAAAAUUAAAAUACGAAAUGACAUCAUAUUACAUCAAAUCAUAUCAUAUCAAAAUGACUGUAAGUCAUAUUACACUGAAGUGUCAGCUCCUUUAGAUGUAUAUUUCAUAUAAUCAGAUCAGGUAUUAAUAUUUAAUUUUAAAGUGUUUUUAAUUGUUUUUUUGCCUUUUAUUCAUGCAGGUUGGUAGUGGACUCAGACUUUUGGACCUUACCGUAUAGGCUAGGUAGAUUCUAGAGAAGAACAACAUGUGGAGCGUAUCUCUGUCUCUUCAUUUCUCUAAGUAUUAUUACUGAAGUAUUAUAACACGACUAUAAUGUCUGUCUUAUGUCAGGUUUUAAACCCUAAAUUGUAUAUGAGAUUUUUUUAUUAUUCAGGGACAAAUUUAAAGGGCAGAAGGAUAACCAGUCACAGUAUGCCAAUUUUGUUUAAUGAAUUAUUUUUUUCCUUAAUCUAAAAUGACACUGCACUAUUUAUCCUUGAAUGCUGCAGAACAGGUUACAGUAUGAGGUUGUGAGUAUGUUUCUGAAGUGAAUGAAUUUAGUGUCUCAGGGUCUUUUAAGGUAAUUUUUGCUUAAAUGCAUGCUUGACCUGCAUGACGCGAGAGUGCACAAUUUUUUUUUUUUUUCAGUUGUUUGAAUUAAAAGCUUGAUUUUAAAACUGUGACACUGAGAUUUGAAAAAAAAGCUGUAUGUACAUGUUUUAUGUCAGACUUUAAAAUAUGGUUUGGAGAACCUUUA